AUGGCUAAGAGCUUGCCAAUCAUAGACAUGCAAGAUAGCAUAAUUAGUGAUGAAAUAGUGAAAUCACUUGGACGUUGGGGCUGUUUCAGGCUUGUUAAUCAUGGAGUUCCACCACAACUCUUGUCGGAAAUAAUGGCCGUCGGCCGGUCAUUGAUGGAACUUCCGGUGGAAAUGAAGGGGCUAAAUGUUCACAGAGACAAAAGCUUCGGCUAUAUUCCGGUUAAUAUGACUAGUGCCAUGUUUGAGUCCUUAGGAGUUUAUGAUGCCACUUUACCUGAGGAUGUUGAUCAUUUUUGUGCUCAAUUGAAUCUAUUCCCACAUCAAAGGGAGGUGAUGGUAAAGUAUUCCGAAGCAAUUUAUGAUCUAACAAAAAAACUUGGGAGUGAGCUCAUGGAAGGUUUUGGUUUAGAAAGUGGAGAUUUGUUUAAGGAUUGGCCUUGCUUAAUGAGAUUCAAUAAAUACAACAAUAAUUCUGCAACAGUGGGAUUAACAGGAGCUACAACACAUUCUGAUAAAGGAUUUUUCACAAUAUUAUUGGAUGAUGAAUUAGUUAAUGGCCUUGAAAUGCUUGAUGACCAAACUGGGGAAUUUAUUCCUGCUAAUCCAAUCCCAGGUUCAUUUUUUGUUAAUGCUGGAGAUAUUGCUAAGGCAUGGAGCAAUGGAAGAAUUUGCAAUGUGAGGCAUAGAGUACAAUGCAAUGAACCAAGAGUGCGAUACUCCAUUACAUUCUUUAUUUUGAGUCCAAGAAAUGAAAAAGUGGAGACACCUUCUAAACUAGUGGAUUCUCAACAUCCUCCUCUCUAUGUUCCUUUUCAUUUUGAAGAAUAUUGUGCCCUUCGAACUUCAACCAAAUCCAUAAAGGGUGAAGUUCUUGACUUGUUUCGUAAAAAAUAG